GGAGCACGAAGGACGCGCAGGGUCGCAACAACACGACCUUCCAUUGGCUGAAGAGGGCGCGGCCACCGCCUGAGCCAAUGCGCAGACGGAGGCAGAUGACGUCGAUACGACCACCCCUCCCCGCGCUCGGUGUCUGGAGACGGAGGCUCCUGUCUUAACCCUCUGCGGCCCGGCUGCCCCAUGUGCACCCUGCGGCUGCACCUGCUGACGAUGGUGGUCCUGAUGCUUCCUGACGCCGCCCGGCCGCAGCCCUCCUCCUCAGCCCUACCCCUACCCUCCUCCUCGGUCCUGGGGCCAGUGACGCCCGAAGUGGCGACUGCAGCUCCGCCGAACUCAUCUGAGGGCCCUGCUCCCUGGACCCCAUCAAUGCCCGAGAACGCGACCACGGACCCCUUCCCAGCCCUACCGAUCUGUGUCUGUGACUUGACUCCUGGUACCUGCGAUUUAAACUGCUGCUGUGACAAGGACUGCGAACUUCUCCACCCCAGGACAGUCUUUUCCUUCUGCCUUCCUGGAAGCGUAAGAUCUUCAAACUGGGUAUGUGUGGACAAUUCUCUUAUCUUCAGGAGCAACUCCCCAUUUCCUUCCAGAGUUUUCACGGAUUCCAGUGGAAUCACACACUUUUGUGUCCGUGUGAACAAUUCAAAAUUAAACUAUUUCCAGAAGCUCCCAACAGUCAAUGCAACCAACUUCGAGGCCCUGGCUGCAGAGUUUGGGGGUCAGUCCUUCACCUUGACAUCAGAAACCCAGCCGUCAAAACCGUUCUAUAGGGCUGGGGAUCCCAUCCUGACUUACUACCCCAGCUUGUCUGUGGUGAGCUUACUGAGGCAGCCUGCAGCAGUGGGAGCUGGGGGAUUUUGUGCCGAGAACAAUCCUGCAGGUUUCCUAGAGAGUAAAAGCACAGCCUGCACUCAUUUCUUCAGGGACCUGGCCAGUAGCUGCACCUCAGAGCCAGCCCUGGAUGCUGCCUCUUACUACAACUUCACAGUCUUGAAGGUUCCUAGAGGUGUGACUGAUCUACAGAAUAUGAAGUUCCAGGUUCCUGUAACGGUUGCCUCACAAAGCAGUCCUCCUCUGCUGGCUGGAAACACAUGUCAGAAUAUCAUCUCCCAGGUCAUCUAUGAGAUAGAGACCAAUGGGACCUUUGGGAUCCAGAAAGUUUCUGUCAGCUUUAGACAGACCAACCUGACUGUCAAGCCAGGUGUUUCCUUACAGCAAGACUUCAUCAUUCACUUCAGGGCAUUUCAGCACAGAGAGGCUGCUUUUCGCACUGGCCCUAGAAGUGGGAAUCCUGGCUACCUCAUCGGGAAGCCACUCUUGGUGCUAACUGGUCACUUAGGUCACUCGAUGACCCUGUUGAAGAGCGAAGGUAAUGGAAUUUGCUCUGUUAAGAGACACGAAGUACAGUUUGGAAUGAACACAGUAUCUGGGUGCAAGUUAAGACCCAAAGAGGCAAAUUGUAGCCACUUGCAGACGGAGAUUUACCAGACUCUUCAUGGAAGUCCCAAACCAGACCAUGUUGCCAUCUUUGGUAAUGCUGACCCAGCCCAGAAAGGAGGGUGGACCAGGAUCCUCAGCAGGAACUGCAGUGUUUCGGCUGGUAACUGCACUUCCUGCUGUUUCAUACCAGUUUCCCUGGAGAUCCAGGUGUUGUGGGCAUAUAUCGGACUUCAGUCCAACCCACAAGCUCAUGUGGCCGGUGCCCGAUUCCUGUACCAGUGCAAGUCUGUACAGGAGCACCAGAAAGGAAUAGAAGUUUCUUUGACUACUGUUGUGAACUUUGUGGACAUUACUCAGAAGCCAGAGCCACCAAGGGAUCAACCUAGAAUGGACUGGAAACUGCCAUUUGAUUUCUUCUUUCCCUUCAAAGUGGCAUUCAGUGGGGGGACCAGUGUUCAAAAAGACUCAGCCUCUCUCGUCCUCAUCCUGUGCAUCUUUCUACUUGGAGUUCUCAACUCACAGACCAAGUGAAGAAAGAAAAUAAUCAGGUUUCAUUUUUCCCUGUGGGAAACUCUUAAGACAGCCUACUUAUUUUGGCUAAACAGGUCCUCAUGUACUAACGGUUACAGGAUGGAAUUUAGGGAAACAGAACCCAACUAAAAGGAAAAAAAAAAAAAACAAACUAAAAACCUUUUCCAUUUACUCACUAUGUAGCCUUGACUGACCUAGAACUCCCAGUAUAGACUAGGCUGGACUCCAACUCACAGAAUCUCCCCAACCCUGUCUCCCCAGUGCUGGGAUUAAUGGCAUGAGCCACCAUGCCCAGCCAGGAAUCUUUGUAAGUUGAAGAUGGUGGUCUAGAAAAGUGAUUACACUGUUCCAUCAUUCUAGUGCUCUGCCCAGAGCUCCACAGGCCUUUGGGCACACAGCGGGGUUGUCUGCUUGUAAAGCUGGGCAGGCCAAGGGCCUCCGUCUCUCCACGUUGACUUUUGUCUGUCUGCAAGAUCUGUCUAGCAGCUCACAGGCACAUGCUCUUGCUAUCACCCAGAGUGAACUCAGAAUGGCUAGGCCUGCAUUAGCACUGACACUUCAAGCCAGGAAACUGCUGGCUCUAUAUUUUGUCUUGCUCUUUUUCCAAAGUGUUGCCACCCCCUUUGCCCAGACCUGAGUUAGGAGUGUAGUUCUUUCUACUCAUUUUCCAAAGUGAAUGGAAUCCCAUCUCCUCUUCUCACUAGCAAAUGAACCCACCAGUCCUUUCUGUCCUUCCCUACUUUGUUGUGUUUGGGGGGGGGGGUGAUAAAAAUGCCUGAAAACUCUGUGAAGUCCAGCAUCAUGGCAGAAGUUGACAGCCUGUGUUACACCCAGAACAUUUUUAUGUGUAUGAGGCUUAAAGGGGAGUGGAGACUCUCAUAAACUGUACAGUAGUGUUCAAAUAAGGGGACUUGGUUGUUUUUCUGGCGAAAUAUUCUUCUUUUAGUCCAGUUUUAUGCCUGAUAUCUAUUUGAAGAUGUUUCUUUAAGGAUAAGGUAUUGGUAGCUCACAGAGCCCUGACGGCCUAGCCAAUCAAUCCACAGAUGGUAACAUGCACACAGACUUCUUGAGGUCAUUUCCUGUUCUUCUUGAGUAAAGACAAAUUGGUUGAAAAUUAUAGUAUAAAGAAAAACAAAACUUGAAACGUAAAGACUCAUUCUGUCCACUUAAUUAAAGCAAGUUUUUGAUGGAAGAAAUGACAUUAAAUCAAAUUGUUUUAAUUUAAUAA